AUGCAUAUAAUAGCCAGACGAGCUGCUGCAGGCUUCAGCUCUCUAUGCUCCAGCAGACUCUCCGGCAGCAGGCUCUGUACGAUGGCCCAAUGUCAGGAAGUGGUAUUCAACAAGCCAAAGGUUGAGCUUCAUGUGCACCUCGAUGGAGCCAUCCGGGUGAAGACCAUUCUCGAUGUUGCCAAGAGACGCGGCAUUCAUCUGCCAGCAAACACCGAGGAGGAGAUGACGCAGAUUAUUAUCCUUGAAGAGCCGGCCACCCUCACGGAGUUCCUGGGGAAGUUUGCAACGUACAUGCACGUGGUUGCUGGAGACAGAGAGGCCAUAAAGAGGAUAGCCUAUGAGUUUGUUGAAGACAAAGCCAAGGAGGGAGUGAUUUAUGUGGAGGUCAGAUACAGCCCACAUUUUCUGGCUAACACAAAAGUGGUUCCCAUACCAUGGGACCAGGAAGAAGGGGACCUGAGCCCGGACGAGGUGGUGCACCUGGUCAACGAGGGCCUCAGUGACGGGGAGCUGGCCUUCAAUAUCAAAGCCAGGUCCAUUCUAUGCUGCAUGCGCCACAUGCCAAGCUGGUCCAUGGACAUUGUGGAGCUGUGUAAGAAAUAUCAGCACGAAGGAGUGGUUGCCAUUGAUCUGGCAGGUGACGAGUCCCUAAACUGUGAAGGCAAUCCAGAGCACAGGAAGGCCUACGAGGAAGCAGUGCGCUGUGGGAUCCACAGAACGGUCCACGCAGGAGAGGUGGGCCCGCCGUCUGUGGUGAAGGAGGCUGUAGAAGUGCUGAAAGCUGAACGCGUUGGACACGGUUACAGAACCCUGGAAGACCAAGUUUUGUACAAGAACCUGCUGGCUCAGAACAUGCACUUCGAGGUGUGUCCUAUUUCCAGUAAGCUGACAGGUGCCUGCGACCCAGACUUCACCAAGCAUCCUGCCAUCACGUUCAGGAAGGACAAAGCUAAUUACUCUUUGAAUACAGAUGACCCUCUGAUCUUUAACUCAAGCCUGCACCUCGACUACAGCACCGCGGACAAAUACAUGGGAUUCACCGAGGAGGAAUUCAAACGACUGAACAUCAAUUCUGCCGAGUCGAGCUUCCUGCCUGAGGAGGAGAAGAAGGAUCUCGUCCAGAGACUGCACGAGGCCUACGGGACGAUAAAGUCGACCGCCUUUUAAAAAUCUGAAGAAGGAGGAAGGAGGAAACGUGACCUAACCCAGGGACAAAUCGCUCUGAACCCUUUAUCUCCUGACCUGACACCAUGGGAUGUCCUCAUUUGUAACCUACCUAAUAUCUCAAAAAUGCUCUAUAUCAUAUGCCUUCACAUCACAUAUUUGUUCAUCACCAGCUUGUGUUUUGUCAGUAUCCUACCAUCAAAGUACUUAUAUAUACCUUUUUAUACUUUAGUUUACAUGACACUUUCCACAGGAUGUCAUGGUGCUCUGCAAAGUUAAGAAUAAUACGGGUGCUUUGUGUUUUUAAAGCCAAUUUUGUUUAUAUGAAAGCAUUUUUCAUCUUGUGUUUACAACCUGUUGUUAUAAAGAGAAUCAGGGAAGCUUUUUAAUGCACAACUACUUAAGUUUUUAACAUUUUGUCAGCACGUAAGUGAGGGAUAAGGUUGGUAAUUUGACGUUAAAGGAGGAUAAUAGAGGAAUGUAAUACUUAUGAUUUACUGUGAAUAUCCAUUGUUUGGUUAAAGGGAGAAGUGAGGAAAUCCAGUGUCAGAAACCUGUCAUUUUUGCCCUUCACACCAUAAACAGCUCAAUACCAAAAGUGAAGUCUUACAUUUGAACACUAGGGGGCGCACUACGGUCACCUAGCUGGACAAACCAGUGUCUUAAUGUGGUUUAGCAUAUCAUAAUUACUCAAUUAUUUUUGAUGUAUAUGCUUAUCUAAAAUAUCUCUUUUUCAUUUCACUUAUUAAAAAAAGCACUUAUAUUUUUAAAACACAUGUAUGACAUGUAUGGAAAGCAUAUUUGAAUAUAAUAAACAAGGUUUUAAGAUG